CUGAGGCUUCCGCGCCUGCUGGUUCCUCGCUCCGGGGCGGGGCUCGCGAUAGCGAGCGGGAGCAGGGCGCGGGGCGGGACCCGGGUCCGAGGCGAGGAAGCCGGAAGCCGUGCGCGGGGAGCCUCCCCCUUCGACUGCAGCUUCGCUCGGCGCCUUCUGCGCGCCUGGGAUCCCGGAGCCUGCCUAGGUUCUGUGCGCUCCCGCCCCGGCCGGUGCCCGCCGCCCGCCUGCGCCCCAGGCAGGUCCCAGGCCUCCGGCUGCUCCCGGCCGAAGGUGGGGACUGGCAGUGGCAGGCACCGCUAGCGAGGGCGUUUGGGGACCCAGGGUGACCACGGCGCAGCCAUGGGGACCGCGCUUGUGUACCAUGAAGACAUGACGGCCACCCGGCUGCUUUGGGACGAGUAAGUGGGACCUGGCCGAGGUGGGGUGCGGGGAGGGACCUCUGGACUGAGCUCUUCGUCUGCCCCAGCCCCGAGUGCGAGAUUGAGCGCCCUGAGCGCCUGACCGCAGCCCUGGACCGCCUGCGGCAGCGCGGCCUGGAACAGAGGUGUCUGCGGUUGUCAGCCCGCGAGGCCUCGAAAGAGGAGCUGGGUCUGGUGCACAGUGACCCUGCCUCUCCUGCCUGCCCAUCUGCAUGCAGCCCAGAGUAUGUGUCUCUGGUCAGGAAGACCCAGGUCCUAGGCGAGGAGGAGCUGCAAGCGCUGUCCAGACAGUUUGAUGCUAUCUACUUCCACCCGGUGCGUGACCCCGGACACACUCACCUGUGCAGACACAUGGGCUGGACUGCAGCUGGUGGAUGCUGUGCUCACGGGAGCUGUGCAAAACGGGCUUGCCCUGGUGAGGCCCCCCGGGCACCACAGCCAGAGGGCAGCUGCCAACGGGUUCUGCGUGUUCAACAAUGUGGCCAUAGCAGCUGCACAUGCCAAGCAGAAGCACGGGCUACACAGGAUCCUCAUCGUGGACUGGGAUGUGCACCAUGGCCAGGGGAUCCAGUAUCUCUUUGAGGAUGACCCCAGCGUCCUUUACUUCUCCUGGCACCGCUAUGAGCAUGGGCGUUUCUGGCCUUUCCUUCGAGAGUCAGAUGCAGACGCAGUGGGGCGGGGACAGGGCCUCGGCUUCACUGUCAACCUGCCCUGGAACCAGGUUGGGAUGGGAAAUGCUGACUACGUGGCUGCCUUCCUGCACCUGCUGCUCCCACUGGCCUUUGAGUUUGACCCUGAGCUGGUGCUAGUCUCAGCAGGAUUUGACUCAGCCAUCGGGGACCCUGAGGGGCAAAUGCAGGCCACGCCAGAGUGCUUCGCCCACCUCACACAGCUGCUGCAGGUGCUGGCCGGCGGCCGGGUCUGCGCCAUGCUGGAGGGCGGCUACCACCUGGAAUCACUGGCUGAGUCAGUGUGCAUGACAGUACAGACGCUGCUGGGCGACCCGGCUCCACCCCUAUCAGGGCCCAUGGUGCCAUGUCAGAGUGCCCUGGAGUCCAUCCAGAGUGCCCGUGCUGCCCAGGCCCCGUACUGGAAGAGCCUGCAGCUGCAAGAUGUGACCCCUGUGCCGACGAGCCCCAGCACCCACUCCCCAGAGGGGAGGCCUCCACCUCUGCUGCCUGGGGGUCCCAUGUGUAAGGCAGCUGCACCUGCAUCUGCACCGAGCUCCUUCCUGGAUCAGCCAUGCCUCUGCCCUGCACCCUCUGUCCGCACCACUGUUGCCCUGACAGCGCCAGAUACCACACUGGUCCUGCCCCCUGAUGUCAUCCAACAGGAAGGGUCAGCCCUGAGGGAGGAGACAGAAGCCUGGGCCAGGCCACACGAGUCCCUGGCCCGGGAGGAGGCCCUCACUGCACUUGGGAAGCUCCUGUACCUCUUAGAUGGGAUGCUGGAUGGGCAGGUGAACAAUGGCAUCGCAGCCACUCCAGCCUCUGUUGCAGCAGCCACCCUGGAUGUGGCUAUUCAGAGAGGCCUGUCCCAUGGAGCCCAGAGGCUGCUGUGUGUGGCCCUGGGACAGCUGGACCGGCCUCCAGACCUCGCCCAUGACGGGAGGACUCUGUGGCUGAACAUCGGGGGCAAGGAGGCAACCGCCCUAUCCAUGUUCCAUGUCUGCACGCCACUGCCAGUGAUGACUGGUGGCUUCCUGAACUGUAUCUUGGGCUUGGUGCUGCCCCUGGCCUAUGGCUUCCAGCCUGACCUGGUGCUGGUGGCGCUAGGGCCUGGUCAUGGCCUGCAAGGGCCCCAUGCUGCACUCCUGGCUGCCAUGCUUCGGGGGCUGGCAGGGGGCCGAGUCCUGGCCCUCCUGGAGGAGGACUCCACACCCCAGCUAGCAGGGAUCCUGGCCCGGGUGCUGCAUGGAGAGGCACCUCCUAGCCUAGGCCCUUCCUCUAUGGCCUCCCCAGAGGACGUCCAGGCUCUGAUGUAUUUGAGAGGGCAGCUGCAGCCUCAGUGGAAGAUGCUGCAGGUGAGGCUGAUUGCGGAGGCAUGGCUCUGCCCUGGGGCCCGGCUCUGCCGCAGAGUGCCGUCCUCAUCUGGUGGCUUGAAAUCGGCCAAGGUGGGAGCAUUUACGCCGCAGAAAUGACACCGCACGCCAGCACCUCGCUGCCACGAUCCGGACCCCAAGCCCGCGGCUCCCACGACUCCGGAGCACGGAACCCCGCCCACUCCCACCCCCGUCCUCUCCCACCCGUGCUUCCCCCGCUCCACCCCUCACUUCGCCUCGCCCCGCCCCACCCAUCGCGCCCUGGCCCGUCCCAUCCGGGCCCAUGCAACCCACCCUCGGUCCCGUUCCGGCCCCUGCGGCCCAAUGCGCUUCGCUCCCCGCCCUUGCGCCGUUAGUAAACAUGGGUCAAACGAAA